AAAGAAAAAAAAAAAAAAAAAAACUCAAUACCUAAUAAUCAAAAAUAGUACUCAAGCUUCCCUAUAUAAUGUUCCUUCUUGGCUUUAGCUAAUUCACCAUAUACCCACACUCACAAGUCACAACUCAAAUAAUCUUUGUCUUCCUCCUACAAAUAUGGGGUUUUCUCCUUCAUUUUCUUGCAGUGCUAUUGGAGCCCUAAUUUUGGGUUGCCUUCUGCUUCAAGCAUCAAACUCUAAUGCUCAGUUGAGGCCUGAUUUCUACUUCGGGACGUGCCCAUUUGUUUUUGAUAUCAUUGGAAAUAUCAUCGUCGAUGAACUGCAGACUGAUCCUCGUAUUGCCGCGAGCCUCCUUCGUCUUCACUUUCACGACUGCUUUGUUCGUGGUUGUGAUGCAUCGAUCUUGCUUGACAAUUCCACAUCAUUCCGGACUGAGAAAGAUGCUGCUCCGAACGCAAAUUCGGCUCGAGGGUUUAAUGUCAUAGAUAGAAUGAAAGUAGCCCUUGAGAGAGCUUGCCCAGGAAGAGUCUCUUGUGCAGAUAUUCUCACCAUCGCCUCUCAAAUAUCAGUGCUUUUGUCGGGAGGUCCAUGGUGGCCGGUUCCGUUGGGGAGGAGAGACAGUGUAGAAGCUUUCUUCGCUCUGGCUAAUACAGCUCUGCCCUCUCCGUUUUUCAAUCUUACUCAACUUAAAACAGCCUUUGCUGACGUUGGCCUAAACCGCACUUCCGAUCUAGUUGCUCUUUCCGGUGGUCACACAUUUGGAAGAGCACAAUGCCAGUUCGUGACGCCUCGUCUCUACAACUUCAAUGGUACAAACAGUCCAGACCCAAGUCUGAACCCAACUUACCUUGUCGAACUCCGUCGAUUGUGUCCUCAAAACGGAAACGGCACCGUUCUGGUCAACUUCGAUGUCGUGACUCCAGAUGCUUUCGAUAGUCAAUACUACACCAACCUUCGUAAUGGGAAAGGUCUUAUUCAGAGUGACCAGGAACUCUUUUCGACUCCAGGAGCCGAUACGAUCCCUUUAGUAAACCAAUACAGCAGCGACAUGUCCGUGUUCUUUCGAGCAUUCAUUGACGCAAUGAUUAGGAUGGGAAAUCUUAGACCUUUGACUGGAACUCAAGGAGAGAUUAGACAAAAUUGUAGGGUUGUGAAUCCACGAAUUAGGGUUGUGGAGAACGACGAUGGUGUUGUGAGUUCUAUCUGAUUAUGCAUGUUGCCAUGUUGGGGAUAUAUAUAUGGAUAUGUAAGAAAGUAUAAAAUGCGCACGUGAGAACAAUUUCGACUAAUAAAAGUUUUCACGAGUUAUGAGAUUUAUGAAAUUGGUAUUAAGUACACUUACAAUGCAUAUAUACGUGGUGUUUAUAACACUUCAAUUUCUGACAUGUAUUCAAGUAGCUUUUGAUUUAACAUCACGUCGAAAUUUAUAAUAUAUAUUCAAGCAAAUUGUUGAAAUAAAAUGUCCUAGUUUUUGUCAGCUUUCGUUACUUAUAAAUGAGAAGAAAAGACAAGGAGCUAAACUGCUAAAGUAUUAGAUUAGGUUAACUUUUGUUAACCACAAAAUCUAGCACAUGGACGCGUAUGAAGUUGAUAAAUCAUAUAUGUAUUAGGUAACAUUGUUAUUUCAGAUUAAAUUGUUUUGAGCAAGAAUUGUAUAAAAAGUUUAUCGAUUUG